CGACUAGACUGUCUUUGUCGAUUUGAUCUCCCCUUUACCCAUGCACCCACUCGAUUCAACGCCUCUUCUCACUUGGAAUUUUGUUUCUCACUUCAAGACUUAUUUUCUUCAGCCUCUUGUUGUUUCCGGCAUUUGGGUCGUUCGCUUCUCCUUACUACAUCUCGAUUGGCUAGUUUGGAGUAUCUCCAGCCUUCUCUCGUUCGAAUGAAGGUGUCAUCAUCGUCAUCAUCAUCGCAAUUCUCUCGUUUUUUCCAUCUUGACCUGAAGUCGCGUUGAAUCUCUAUCACGCAGAAUAUAUCAAACAAUCAGACUCGACUCGGUCUCUCCCUUUCGAAACAACGACAAAAUGGAGCCAGGACUCGUGGGAUGGGUAAUGGAGCUUACGGCCUGGGUGGCCCCUUUCUUCAUCGUCAUGUCGCCCAUCCUCUCCUACGCCGACCAAAUUAUCUCCAUGUACCGGAAUAAGACCAGCGCAGGCUUCUCGCUCGACAUCCCUCUCAUCAUGCUUGUCGCGUCUUUCCUGAGGUUCGAUCUCUUCUGUCGCGACACGAUUAGCACGAAAUAUAACUGACCCGCGCUUCCCGAAACACAGAAUCUUCUACUGGCCCCAAGCGCAAUACGAUACGAGUCUACUCCUUCAGUCGCUGCUGAUGGUUAUCGUCCAAAUAGCUCUCCUCAAAGUCGCCCUCGACUACCGACCUCCCCCACCUACCAAGGGCGGCGAGGCUGGUCUGCCAUUUGCCGGUGCUGAUGAUGGUUUGAUGGGCUUCCAGCGCCCUUAUAACUUCUGGCAAUGGCGAUCCCCUCGACGAUACUGGCAUGCCAUUAUGUACUUUGCUGCCGGUCUUGUAUUUUUGGAGCUUCUCCUUUCCCAGAUGCCUGGACUAUACGCCGUAUAUGCGAACACCAUCGGAUGCAUUGGACUCGGCGUGGAAGCGACUCUCCCUAUCCCUCAGAUCUUGGUCAAUAUGCGGUCCAAGUCAUCUAAAGGUCUAAGAUUAUCGGUCCUGGCUGCUUGGAUUGGAGGUGAUACCAUGAAGCUUUUCUGGUUCUUCACAUCGAAAUCUGAGAUUCCUUGGUCGUUCAAGAUUUCGGGUAUGUUCCAGGCUUCGUGCGACUUCUUCCUUGGUUUCCAGUACUUGCUUUACAACAGCCCCGAGGAGCCAGCGCAAAUCAAGGAACACCCCAUGGUUGAGUGGGAGGCACCCAAGUCAACUACACGAAGUCAUAGCCGGAGCCUCACCCCUACGCGACGACCUGCGCCAUUUGUUGGCGCCGAAGAGGCCAAAUAAGCCGUCCAAGCCCAUGAUUAUAUAAACGAUCUAAUGAUAGUGAUGUUGGAUCUUGAUGCGUAUAUCUGAAUUCAAAGCUGCUGGAGUGGAAAGUCGCCAGGAACGUCAGGAUAGAGAGAGGAGGUUCUUUGAAAGAGAUGGGAUGAGAAGCGAUGCUAGCUUGAAAAGGAGGUGAGGUUCAGUCCUGACGGGGUCAGAAAAGCCGAGUUCAAGAGCCGAGCGACCAGAACAAGAAGACAUUUUGAGUGAACCUUACGAUAUCUUCUUGUCUUGAUCAUUUCCGUUCGUCUCAGAGGACCCCACAAAUUACGCAAGCCCAGCGAUAACCGGGUCUCGGUUUUGGGCUGGGUCUUGCAGAUCCUGGCUUGUUUUUGAAACAGGCACAAGGCAAAGUCCCACCACUUUCAGCUACAGUAGCAUCCAACCAUCGUUAUGUUGUGAUAGCGGGAUACAUGUCUGGAGUAUCUAUCGAGCAGCUAAAUGCGCAUCUUGAGCAGUGUCAUCUAAGAGAUACAAUAGAAUAUUGAUUAAUAUGAAUAUAUGUAAUACCAUAGUUGUUA